GUUGAGCGUGCUGUUUAACGCGCAUCUCUGGUUUAUUUUAAUCGUGAUCUUUACAAAUAACGCGUGUAUGUACUCUUCAUCCGUGCUCUCGACACGGAUUAUUCUGCGGUGUUUCGGGGGUGAUCUGUAACAGCACUACAGUGAUAUUUUGAAGGGGAACUCAUCCGCUUUUCACACGCGCAUCCUGCGUUAUAUGGUAAAUCAUGUACGCUCCGGCAGCCGAUACGGGAGUGACGGUGGUGGAGAAGGAUGCUGCUCUGAGCAGUGCGUACUCACCUGUGGACUACAUGAGCAUCACCAGCUUCCCUAGACUACCAGAAGAUGAUGUUUCAGCCGACAACACUCUCAAAUCACGCAGAGAUGAUGAUAACUUCCUCAGUGAGCAGGACACAGACCCUGAUCUGUUCCUGAAGUCGGCCCGACUGCAGCGGCUGCCCUCCUCUGCCUCGGCCAGUCGGGAUGUCUCUCCACUGAGAGAGACCAGCAGAGACCCGCUGGCACAGGAUUGUGCCUGCACACGUGACGGGCUGACCGUCAUCAUCACCGCCUGCCUGACCUUCGCCACGGGGGUCACCGUGGCCCUCAUAAUGCAGAUCUAUUUUGGAGACCCGCAGGUGUAUAAUCAAGGCGCGGUGGUGACGGAUGUGGCCCGCUGCACGUCUCUGGGCUUUGACGUUCUGGGCAAACAGGGGUCCAGCGUUGAUGCCGCCAUAGCCGCUUCGCUCUGCCUGGGCAUCAUCCAUCCCCACACCUCGGGCAUCGGCGGUGGUGGCGUGAUGCUGGUCCAUGACAUCCGCAGGAACGAGAGCCGGGUCGUUGACUUCCGCGAGACGGCACCCUCCGGGAUUCACCAGGACAUGAUGCUGCAUGUUAAUCAAAGGUCAGGUCUGUUAGUGGCUGUUCCCGGCUUGAUCAGUGGACUACAUCAAGCUCAUCAGCUCUAUGGAAGAAUGGCCUGGAAAGACGUCAUCACUAUGGCCGCAGAUGUGGCAAGGAAUGGAUUCAAUGUGACGCAUGAGCUGGCUGAUGCGCUGUCUGAAGUGAAGGAGCAGAAUGUGUCGAAUGCAUUCAGAGAUCUGUUCCUGCCGAACGGUCAGGCUCCCCUCGCGGGACUCUUCACUAAACGCCUGGAUUUAGCUGCCGUUCUGGACAGGAUUGCAGCCAAUGGAGUCUCAGAGUUCUACAGUGGGAAUCUGACUCAGGAAAUUACAUCAGAGGUUCAAGCUAAAGGAGGUGUGUUGACAGAGGACGACUUCAAAAACUACACCACUGUCAUACAGAAGCCACUGCAAAGCCUUUACCAGGGCUACCAGGUGUUUGUUCCUCCUCCGCCCCACGCGGGAGCCGCCCUGCUGUCCGCUCUCAACAUCCUGGAGGGAUUUAACAUCACAAACCAGGUGUCCAGGAGCAACAUUUACCACUGGAUAGCUGAGUCUCUGAAGAUUGCUUUGUCUCAAGCCAGUGGACUGGGAGACUCCAUGUUCGAUUCAUCGGUUUCUGAGUUGGUGACGCAGAUGCUCAGUAAAGGCCAGGCUGCUGCGCUCCGGCAGAAGAUCAGUGAUUCACAGGCGUCUGCGCGUAACAGCAUUGAGCCGGGCAAGAGGCCGGCCUCGUUCCUGAUGCCGAUCGCGGUGAGGCCGUCCAUCGGUCUGUGUGGCACAUACGUCGCGCUGGGCUCCUCUAACGGCGAGCGGGCGCUGAGCGGCAUCACGCAGGUUUUGAUCAAUGUUUUGUCAUCACGUAAUAACAUGAGUGACAGCGUGUCCUACGGCAGACUGCAUCCUCUCAUCCAAAACAACACCCUGCUGGUGGACUCUAAAUUUGCUGAGGCGGAUGUGAAGUCUCUGAUGCAGAAGGGUCAUGAUGUGCGUAAGGUGGACAUCAUCUCACUGGUAGAAGGGACCCGGAGGACCAAUGACCUGAUCAUCGGUGUGAAGGACCCGCGCAGCACUGACGCCUCUGCGCUGUCCAUGUCCAUGCCCUAGAUUCACACACACUCUGUGCUACUGUACUGUUUGAUCACUAAAUGGGGACGUUAUGAGGUUAACAAGUUCCAAGGAUAGAGUUGAUAACCAAAAUAGGUGGACAGUGUCCGGUAGAUAGAAAUGAGCCGCUACCUGCUACCCCACCACAAAAACAGCAACAUACACACACACACGAUGAUGACAAAUUGUAAA